AUGGCCGGCAAGGAUGAUACAGCCGUGCUGGAUGUUGACAGGUCUCGCCAAGCAAGCGUAAAGACGCCUGAGCCCGCCGAGCAGCGCAACGGUUCAGUGACACCAAAUCCUCUCCCCGUUCUGGAGCCAUUUGAUUGGGAUGAUUUUGAGAACCGGUACAAAAAGGCGUUGAAGGAGGCCGAUGGGCAGGAGGAAGAAAUCCUCAGAGAGGCCCAGAAUCUUUUCAAGUACUUUGAAGCAUGGGCUGAAGCUGCCGCAAUCCAUGAUGAUAAGCGAGCGGUGAAGCGCCUUCAGACGCGGCAGCGGUAUAUCAACAUUUCCGAGCAAAGAGUAGCCCAGAAACAGCAGCAUUAUAAUGAGGUUGUGCGCGCGUUUGAGAAUGCAUUGGCGUUGCUGCGAUCUACUUAGACUCACCUCGCACGAGCCCAGUAAAGUGAACCGGCUCUACCUAGUUCUUCCUCUGUCUUCUCCUUUCCCUCUACUUUGGCAAAUCUGCACAGCACAGACAUUCAUGGUUGCUUGAUUGUGUCCUGGUCAGCCAUGUUGGGCUCCAAGCUGGAGCACGUGACCAAUCAACCUCUUGGUUGUCUCGAUCCCGCGUUUUUAGUCGCGGCGGCCUAAACCAUUCUCUAGCCUACGGGUGCGCGUCAAGAUGUCGAUUAACGAGCUUCCGUUCAAAAUACCGCAGAUAACAGGCGAUGAAUUACUAGAAUUUCAUCAGAGACAUUUUUCAAGCGAAGCUACCGCUGAUUUUGGUCAAAAUUUCACAAACCUUCCACCACAAGAGUCCUCCGAGACUCAAUUAUACGAAGAAUGGGAAG